AGUUUCCGAAUAAAAUGUGUACAAACAAGGUGUUCGAGUGUCGAUACUGCUGAGCGAUGAUGGCGAAUCUAUUAAAAAGGACGUUCAGCGGCAGUAGCAGGGCGUCCGGGGAUGCGGGCGAGGAGGCCGUGAGCCGGGACGGAGCCGGCAUGGACCGCUGGCAGACCACGCUCGAGGACAUGAUACACCUGCGCUCCUCCAACAACCAGACUUUCAAAGACAACUACUGGGCGCAGAACGGCUUUGACGAGUUGCGUCGCUACGUGAAACAAGGCAGCGACUUCAGCAAAGAACUGGCCUCCAUUUUACAAGAAAGAGUUGAAGCAGAGAACUACUACUCAAAAUGCCUAACAAAACUCAGCACGAAGUUAAGCAAAGCGUGCAAGGAGAGCGUCGGCUCGUGCGCCGAGUCGUGGAAGCAUGUAGCCUUAGAAAUGGAAAAACGUUCAGAAAUACACAGAAAUUAUUCGAGUGCUCUUACCGAAGAACUCGUUAAACCAAUGAAACACGUCAUAGACAGUCAGCUUAAACUAAGGAAGAAGAUCGAAGGAAACGUGGACAAAACGACGCGAACUCUGGCCGACUGGAGGUCUGCAGAGGCCAAGUCUAAGCGUCAAUCGCACGCUGCGGCGCGCGAGAACGAGAAGCUUCAAGACGCCUCGCUGGACGCCAGCCGCAUGUCGCGUAGCUCGAGCGUAGGCCACAUCCCGCACUCCAUCCUGAGCGCGGCGCGCGCAGAGCGCACCAACAACCCGACCAACGAAAGAGACGCCGCGAAGUUGCAGGUGAAGAAGAGGAAGACCGAGGACGCCGUAAAGAAAGCGGAGGUGGAAUACUAUAAUGUUUGCGUUCAGGCAGAAAGGGCGAGGUUGGAAUGGGAAACAAGCGUCGUGAAAGGUGCGGGCAUGCUGGAAUCUCUCGAGGAGGAGAGGCUCGCUCAGCUGAAGAGCUCCGCCGACUGCUACCUGAGGCUGACGGCGGCCGUCCCACCGCAGCUGGCUGAGGCCACGAACGCGCUCGUAGGGCCGAUCAAGAACGCGAACGCGAACGUGGACAUGCGCGUGGUGCGUGGCGUGCGUUCGGCUCCGGCGGGCGCCAGCGAGCAACUGCUGCCCGACUUCUACUGCGAGCACACCACACUGGCCAUGAACAGGGAGCGGCGGAAGCAGGCACUACUCAAAAUCAUGCAAUUAGUGAAACAAGACAUAGACAGAGAACGCAAGUCAAAACAAGGCCUUGAGAAGUUGUCUAUGGCUAUAAAACAAACGCCUACUUUUGGCAGCGAUGAUUCCCAGCAAAACGUCGCCGACAAAUUGUAUCAUAUGAGAUCGAUGUUAACGUACUUGGAAGCAGUGCGGUACAAAAUAACGUCGAGCCUGAACGAGCUCGACAGCAGACCGCCCACGCAGCACCCGCUGGCGACGCACAUACAAGUCGUCAGAGAUAAACAGGGGCUCCAACAGAGCAUUCUAAAGAUUCCACCAUGGCUGCAAGAGGACUAUCAAAACGAGGUGAACAAGAACCUACAGCCGAGCUACACGGCACUCUCGAAGAGCGUUCACGGCGAGGAACGGGAGCGACGCGACUCCAUAAUGAGCCGCGCCUCCAGCAAACUGCGUAUCGAGCACCUGCCCUUCCGCCGUGACAAGAGCGAGCCCGCUCCCCCCCCACCCGACAGUCCGCUCGACUGGAGUGAGCGCGGCGCCGGGGAUGGCCUCUCCACCCAGCAGGACAGCGACUUUGACGAGUUCUCGUCGCAAAGCGACAGCUCGUCGGAUCUGAGGGACGUGGGCAGCAGUGCCGCCACCGACGAGCAGUUACAGAAGUAUGUCGGCAAGUGUCGCGCGCUCUACGCGUACGAAGCUCGCCUCGACGACGAGCUGACACUGGCUCCGGGUGACAUUAUAAACAUAUACGAGAAGCAGGACGAGGUCUGGUGGAGCGGGGACCUGAAUGGUUCGUUCGGGAUCUUCCCCUCCUCGUACGUCGAGGAGAUCACCUCGUGCAUAUAAGGUCUACGGUAACGCUUCAGGGCUGUGCGUGACAUUCAAAACCAAAACAUUAAUGUUUCACGGUAGGUCGGAGGACGUCCGAUGUUAUUAUAAAGUCAAUUAAUAAUAAUAAUAAUAAAAUAAUUUAUCCUACAAAUCGAUUAACUUUACAAAGUCAUUGUAAAAUAAUUUGCGGACUGACACGUGUGUGUAUUGAUUCAUGAUUGAUUGUGUUUUUAAUUAUGAAGUUCUCAGUUAUUUUAAAUCACAGUAACAUUGUUAUAAAAUCAUUAAUUUAUGAGGCAGCUACAGAGAAAUACGAACAGAACUACUUUAUUCACUUCUUCAAUGUUUUCUUAAGUAUAAGUAUUGAAAUGAAAUGAAUUUCAGCAAGUCAUCUGUGGCCGACAACCCACACAAAUAGAAAAUAAUCGCUUUUCUAUUUUAAACUACUAUCCUAUACAACGUAGACUGAAAUAUCACAUCAUGAAAGUGUUUUAAUCUCAGAAAUUAAAAUAUAUUUUGUUUCUUUUAUUACAAAUUUAUUUGUACUUUUAGAUCAGAACCGAAUGAGGUUAAAGCGUCAACGCACGGAUUAUUAGACAUCCGAGCUCAGUAACAUUGACCGAGAUCAUGUUUGACUCGAGUCUUAGAAGCGUGUUUCCAAAAUUAGAUAUAUUUUUUUAGAACGAAGUGUUAACGGUCAGUUACAUAAGCGGUGCUCAUGAAAAAAUCUGCGCUGUCACAUCCGCAGCGCCUGCACACUUGACUAAUAUUUUUUGAUAAAAAAAGCACAAAAUCUACAUAUUAAUGCAGUCAAAUUAGUCACGCUGACGUGUACAAUUAUUUAAGAGGCGUGCUAAUUUUUAUACUACUGUUAAGUGACCUUGCAAAUGUUUCCCUGCACAAAUAGCAUUUAUGGAAAUUUAAUACUUAAUCAGUCGUAACGUCGUAUAGAUCUGCACCAAUUUUCAGCUCGAUGGAAUAAUGGCUAAGUUAUUAUUUUUGUGUUUUAUUUUGACUGAGUAAUAAAACUAUAUGAAAUAAAUGAAAAUUAAACGUAUAUCGCGGUUAAGUAAUCGUUAGUCGUUGAUAAACAUCGACGUUGCUCGUACGGUGUUGUUAGCCUCCGAGCCGAGCGCUCGGGAUGCGAUAACCUGCAAUAUCUGCGGAAGCGUGCUGGAGUAAAUCAUUAUGUUGUAAACUUAAACCAAAGUAUUCUAUGUAAUAAACAAAUGGUGAUAAUUAUAAAUAA